AUUCUAAACCAUUCCACAGCGCCGUACUUUGAAAUCAAACCAAGGUUGGGUUCUAGGAUAUUCAAUUAUUGUCGUCGCGACCAUAAUUAGGGUUUUUCUCUAUUCCGGCGAUCCCGACCAUUUUUGAAUUUUCUUUCAGCAAUUGCCAUUUCUGCUAGGGUUUUUGAAUCGAGCCCUUGAAACAAGCCGAAGUUAAUCGAGGAAGAAGCCAUGUCGUUGAGACCGACUGCAAGAACCGAGGUUCGUCGGAACCGUUAUAAGGUCUCUGUUGAUGCUGAAGAGGGCCGUCGCCGGCGAGAAGAUAAUAUGGUGGAGAUCAGGAAGAGUAAACGCGAAGAGAGCCUUCAGAAGAAGCGUAGGGAAGGCCUUCAAGCACAGCAGUUUCCUUCUGCUGUCCACACUUCCACUGUCGAGAAGAAGUUAGAGAGCCUUCCGUCUAUGGUUGCGGGGGUCUGGUCUGAUAAUAGUAAUCUUCAGCUGGAGGCAACAACUCAGUUUCGGAAAUUACUUUCGAUUGAACGAAGCCCUCCCAUUGAGGAAGUGAUUCAAUCUGGAGUUGUUCCUCGUUUUGUAGAAUUUCUUGUGAGGGAGGAUUUCCCUCAACUUCAGUUUGAAGCUGCUUGGGCUCUCACGAACAUAGCGUCUGGAACCUCGGAGCACACAAAGGUGGUUAUUGAUCAUGGUGCAGUUCCCAUUUUUGUUAAGUUACUCGUGUCUCCUAGUGAUGAUGUUCGAGAGCAGGCUGUGUGGGCUUUGGGCAAUGUUGCUGGAGAUUCACCUACAUGCCGUGAUCUUGUCCUUCGCCAUGGAGCUUUGGUUCCACUUCUUUCACAGCUGAAUGAGCAUGCUAAGCUUUCCAUGUUGCGAAAUGCUACUUGGACACUUUCGAACUUUUGUCGGGGCAAGCCACAACCUCCAUUUGAUCAGGUAAAGCCAGCUCUUCCUGCACUUGAGCGCCUAGUUCACUCGAAUGACGAAGAAGUUCUGACAGAUGCCUGCUGGGCUCUCUCUUAUCUUUCUGAUGGCACAAACGAUAAAAUCCAAGCCGUGAUUGAGGCAGGGGUGUGCGGGCGACUUGUACAGCUCCUAUUACAUCCUUCAUCAUCAGUUCUCAUUCCUGCUCUUCGGACGGUUGGGAAUAUCGUGACCGGAGAUGACCUUCAAACUCAGUGUAUCAUUAGUGAUGGUGCGCUUCCAUGCCUUCUGAGCUUAAUGACUCACAAUCAUAAAAAGAGUAUCAAGAAAGAGGCUUGCUGGACAAUAUCUAACAUUACUGCUGGAAACAAGGAACAAAUCCAGGCUGUCAUUGAUGCUGAGUUAAUACCUCCGCUAGUGAAUUUGCUUCAAACUGCUGAGUUUGACAUAAAAAAAGAGGCUGCAUGGGCAAUUUCAAAUGCAACAUCUGGUGGUGCUCAUGAUCAAAUUAAGUACCUUGUCACUGAAGGCUGCAUCAAACCAUUAUGUGAUCUUCUUGUAUGCCCAGAUCCUAGGAUUGUUACGGUUUGUUUAGAAGGGUUAGAGAACAUUUUGAAGGUCGGAGAAGCCGAAAAGAAUUUGGGUGCCAGUGGAGACGUUAAUCUAUAUGCGCAGAUGAUCGAUGAUGCUGAGGGUUUAGAAAAGAUUGAAAAUCUCCAGAGUCAUGACAACCAUGAGAUCUAUGAAAAGGCUGUCAAAAUUCUCGAGACAUAUUGGUUGGAGGAAGAGGAUGAGGCCUUGGCCGCUACUGAUGGUGAGGCUCAACCUGGCUUCCGCUUCGGUGGAAACGCUCUUCCAGUUCCUUCUGGUGGAUUCAACUUUAGUUGAAUGCUUGAAGUUUAUGGGCUUUUGGUAAUGAAGGGAUAGUCGUCGUACACAUGUGUUGGCUCACAAACUUAGAUGUCGUGGUUGAUUGGGUUCGAUGUGGGUCCAAUCUGGGCAUCUUAA